CGAGUUGUGCAAAGGUUUCAGUCUCUCUCUCUCAUAGCUAUUACAGGGAAACACUGGAGAGAGAGAGAGAGAGAGAGAGAGAGAGAGAGAGGUGAGAUGGCUUAUGUUGGGGUAGCUUCUCUGAGGGCAACAAUGGAGUUUGAGAUCCAGCGACCCACUCCUCGGGUGCUUCCUGAUGAUCUACAGCAGAUGAGGACUCUUCUUCAAAACCUUGCAAUUUUGCAAGCCUUUCUGGACAAAUAUUAUAUCAAAGCCCACGAGGAUGCUGAAAUCAAACAAGUGGAAGUCAAUAUCAAGAGCUUUGCUCUUGAAUCAGAAAACAAGCUUGAGAUUCAGCUCAGAAACAUUCUUCUGGCGAAAGAUGCAAAGCGGAAAGAAGACGCUUGCAGAGAACUCCAUCGGAGCAUUGGGGAAAUCAGCACUCAGUUAGGUGAGUUGUUGAGGAUUGUGAACGCGCGUGAUGAUUCGUUAGCUGAUUCCUUAGCCGAUCCGUCAAAACAUCCUUCCGACCAGGACACCACCACUUCACCGCUUACACAGCAGAGGGAAGAAAUGGUCGGACACCGUGAGGAAUUGAAGGAUAUAAUGGAAAAACUCGGCCGCGACUGUGACGAACGACAAGUUAUCUCAAUUUGGGGAAUGGGGGGGAUCGGUAAAACUACUUUAGCAAGAACACUCUAUGAUGAUCCAGUUACAAAUCGUUUUGAUGUUCGUGCUUGGACCACGGUGUCACAACAAUAUGAGGGGAAACAAAUUAUCACUGCCCUUCUUCGAUGCAUUAAGACCAUGACCCCGGAAGAAAUUAAGAACGCAACCAAGGAUGAAUUAGCAGAGCAAUUACAAAAGCUGUUGAAAGGGAGAAGGUAUCUAAUUGUUGUGGAUGAUGUAUGGAGUUCUGAAGCCUGGGAUGAACUCCAACGCUGUUUUCCGAAGGAUUGUAAAGGAAGCUGUGUAUUAUUGACCACUCGACACAAAGAGGUGGCCGAGUAUACUCAUUCAGAAAAAAAGGAUCCUUAUGGCCUGAGUCUUUUAAAUGACAAAGAUAGUUGGGUUUUGUUUUCCAGAAAACCCAAGCUUAAGCAACGCUUGUCAGAAUCCAAAUUUGAGGCAGCUGGGAAGGGAAUCGUUGAACAAUGCAAAGGAUUACCCCUUUCCAUUGUUGUAGUUGCAGGGAUUCUGAUCGGUAAAGAACUAUUGGAUGAUUGGAUGAACAUUAAAAAAGAAUUAUCAUUGAUACUAACUGUUGAUGAACAAUGUAAAAAGAUUGCCGCCUUGAGUUACAAACACUUGCCUCCAAAUUUGAAACCUUGUUUUCUACAUUUGGGAGUCUUUCCAGAAGACAGUGAGAUGCCUAUCAAAAAUCUUAUUAGGUUAUGGAUUGCUGAGGGAUUUGUGAAAGCAAGUGGCAAGAGAUUGGAAGAUGCCGCUCUUGAGUACUUACAAGAUCUUGUCGGUAGAAGCAUAAUUCUUGUUCGCAAUUGGAGCUCAAAUGGUUUAAUCAAGACAUGCAGCAUGCAUGAUAUCUUGCAUGAAUUUUGUGUGAGUGAAGCUGAAGAUGAGAACCUUUUAUAUGCUGGUAGCAUGAGAAGAUUCCGAAGAGAGCAGACAACCAAUGUUGGAACUGAAGGCGAUGGUAGGACUGUAAAGCAUGAGGGGUUUCGUUGGUUAAGUUUUUGGCCAAAUUAUGGAAAUGUUUAUUUUUGCUAUAAUUUGGACAAAUCUCGCUCUCUAUCUUUUCUACAUAGAGAUGCGAUUCCAACACUUAUUGGGCAGUGUCUACCAUCCAACUUGUUAAGAGUACUGGAUUUAAUUCAAUUGCCUCCAUUAUCCAAUGGAAUAUUCAGGAGUUUAAGGGGUCUAGUUCUUCUAAGGUACAUGGAUGUAACCUUGGAUGAGCAUCUAAGUCCUCAUGAGCUCACAAAUAUUGUGUCUAAAAUUCAGAAUUUGCAAACACUUGUUGUUUCUCUGAAGAUGAGCUCCUCUUCAAAUGGUACGCAUUUGCCCUAUGAAAUUUGGGAGUCUCCACAGCUACGGCAUGUUGAGGUUAGCUAUUCCCUUUCAGUGGAUCCUCCGACUGAGGUCAAAGAAGGGUUGCACACAUUGCACUGGUUGAGUCUAGACCAUUGUACGGAGGAAGUCUUUUCAAGGAUUUCUAAAGUAAAAAAGUUGGGGAUUAUUUGUGGAUGUGAGUCAAAUCUAGAUGGCAUAAAGUCUGAGAACCUAAAUAAUCUUAACCGUUUGCGUGAGCUUGAGAAAUUAAUGAUUGCAUUUCGGAAAGGCUCGUCAUUAGGCCUUCAGAAUCUGGAUUGUUUGCCAAAAUGCCUCAACAUCAAGAAACUGAAAUUGAAGAGAACUUGUUUGCCUUGGAGUGAAAUAAGUGCAAUUAGCAUGCUUCCUCAUCUUGAGGUGCUAAAACUGAAAGAAGCCUCCAGUGAAUCAAAUUGGGAAGGCACUGACAGAAGUUUUAGAAAGCUAAAAUCCUUGUUCCUAGAAGCUAAAAACCUCAUUUCUUGGCAACUUAAUGAGGAGGAACAAUUUCCUUGCCUUGAGCGCUUAGUCCUUAAAAGGUGUUCGAGUUUGGUAGUGAUUCCGACUGACUUUGAAUGUAUCAUACCACUGAAGUCAAUUGAAAUAAAAAAUUGUUCCCCUUCUGUUUUGGAGUCCGCCCAUUCGGUUAAUGAAAACCGGCAGGACCUUUAUGGAUACGAAGCCAUUGUUAUUCGCCAUGUGGACCAAAUCGAAGAAGGAGUUGAUGAUGAUGACGACGAUGACGACGAUGAUGAAGAAGAAGAAGAAGAAUAAAUGAAUGGGAUAUCAAUGAUUUCAAUGUGGUUGAUUUGUAGGAUUGGAGUGUGGUUUUGGUGAUUGAUAAGUGUUGGAGUUUGCUUUUUGAAUUAUCAUCAGGACAGUGGAUUCCUUGCGUUUGCUUUUUGCCUUUUUCUCAAGAAUGAUUGUGUUGUUUGUUACAUGUUUGUGUAAUUGUAUAAAUUAUUGAGUUUGUAUUAUUGUUGCUUUGAGUCUUCCAUAUCCUCAGUACAAAGAAUGCUUUGUAAUUUGUAUCAGUUUGAAGGCAACUUAACCUCCGCUAAA